GCUUAGAGCAACCAUGUUGCGGUUCAAAAUUGCCGUGUAAGUCCGUGAUGAUGCAUUAUUGCCUACCAAUAUUCCUCUACACAUUGUGCUGAGAUCACGACCGGUACGUACGGUGGCUCUUUUUCAAGAUGAAGACGGCGAGAAAUCUCCUCCAUUUCCUUCUUGUGGCAGCCAUCGGCACCGUAGCCUGCGUCGUGCUGCUGCUGCAGCGUUCUCCGUGGCCGUGCGACCGCGUGGUGCCGGCGCCGCAUGUAGAAGUGGCCACAUUGGGUAAUGCAACUCAAGAAGCUGAUCCCAGUAUGAAAAACCAUGGCAAGCAGAAGGCCGGCAGUUCAGCAGCUGAAGACAAGGACGACAAGCUUCCAGAGUUGCUGAGGAGGGCAGCCAUGGAGGACAGGACCAUCAUAAUGACCUUCACCAACGAGGCGUGGACGGCGCCGGGCUCGCUCCUGGACCUCUUCCUGGAGAGCUUCCGCAUCGGCGUGAGGACGGAGCCCCUGCUGAAGCACCUGAUCAUCGUCGCCAUCGACCAGAAGGCCUUCGAGCGGUGCCAGGAGCUGCACCCGCUCUGCUACGCGCUCCCCGUCGGCGGCGGCGUCAACUUCGAGUCGGAGCAGUCGUACAUGGCCAGGGACUACGUCGACAUGCUGUGGCGCCGGAACCGGUUCCAGGCCCGCGUCCUGGGGCUCGGCUACGGCUUCGUCUUCACGGACGUGGACAUAGUCUGGUUCCGGAACCCGCUGCUGCGCGUCCCCGUCGGCGUCGACUUCGCCAUGUCCUGCGACUCCUUCUACGGCGACAACCCCUACGACCUCAACAAGAGGGCCAACGGCGGGUUCGUGUACGCCAGGCCCAGCGCCAGGACGCUGGCGUUCUACGGGGACUGGUACGAGUCCAGGAACAGGUACCGGGGCCAGCACGAGCAAUUCGUGUUCGACAGGGUGAAGCACGAGCUGGUCGCGCGGAGCGGCGUGGCGGCGCAGUUCGUGGACACGGACUACCUCGGCGGCUUCUGCGAGCGAGGGAAGAGGAGGGACUUCAACAAGCUGUGCACGUACCACGCCAACUGCCUCGUCGGGCUCAAGACCAAGCUGCAGAAGCUCCGUGGCGUGCUCGACGAGUGGAAGCGGUUCAAGGACAAGGCCGGGAAGCCGGGCAGCAACAUCACCGCUCUUACGGACUGAAUUCAAAAUCCAUGUCAGUUACCCAUCGCUUCUGUUCCCUCCAAUAGCAAAUACUUUACCAUUCUUCCACUAGUUUGAGUGAGCAAAUACAAGAAGAUGCAAAAUUGAAAUGAAAGAGAAAAACAAAUGUUGUAGAUAUUUUCAUAAAGAGAAAAUCAUAAAAACUUAGAUACAAAAAAUGUUAAAGAAAAAUAGAGAAAUAAGA